GAGACCGGGGAGAAGCUUCCGUGUGUAUUGGCGGCGGGCAGAGAGGGAUGAGAGCGGAGCGGAGAGGAUGAAGAGCCGGGGGGAGAAGAGCGGGAAGGCGGGGAGCCGGAGGAGGAGAGGAUCAACAGAUAUUUCCCCAUCAACCAGCCUCCCUCCUCUUGUAGAGGGUCAGCUGCGCUGCUUCCUUAAAGUGACCGUCGGUAAGAUCCUCUGGACUGUGCCAAGGCCUCCGCCCUUUGUCCUUGUGAGGCUUCGGUGGUGGGGGGAGACUUCUGAUGGAACCAUCUUCCACCCCAGGGACACCUCACAGACCGAGCAGAAGACGGUAAAGACCACAACUCGCUAUGCCGUCCGCUGUGGACCCAAACAAUUCACGUCCUAUCUUACAGAUAUGGGGGCGCUUGUGUUGGAGGUGAUGACCAAACUGGACCACCUCCCACUCGGCCGUGCUCAGAUCAACGGGAUAUCACGACUCGGCCCAGCACGUCCAAUCGGUGGCUUCUUCACUCUGGUCUCCCCGUCUUCUGAGAAACUGGGAGAACUCCAGGUGUCGUUGGCUCUGGAGCCCCUGUGUGAAACCUACGACAGCAACAGUUCCCUCCCUAAUACAGAUCUCAGCCAGGAUGCCGGACUCUCCGUAUAUCAGCCUAAGCCAGACGGCAAACUAUCUGUGAACCCCAGGAGCCGCCGGGACUCGGAAACCAGCAGAGCCUCCACCCCCAGGGGCCGAGAUCACUUGUAUUUUAAGGAAAAUGCAGAGCCCUAUAGUGACCCUCUGAAAGGAACACGGGAUCAUGCAAACCUACAAGAUGUUUAUAUUUCUGACCUCCAUGCACCCAAGGAGAACCUCUAUUCAGUGCGUUUUGCCCAGGAGAGAUCUGCGACUGAGCGACCCAAAGAAGUGUCUGGGGUCCCCUCAUCCCCCGCUGCUAAGGACCUGCUGGCAGUUCUUUUACAGAAAGGAAGCAAAUUGAGGGAUGCCAUGGCUGAAUCCGCCAUGAUACUGGAUCCUAACAUAGGCCAGGAUGUUGAGCCAUUGCUGCCCCCUGUCUCAGAUAAAGAGAAUUACUUUUCACAGGCUGCAAGGACUGCCCUGGAUAUUCCUCCACCUCGUACUCACCAAAACUUUCUAAAUUUCCAUAAACCUUCUGUACCAAAAGAUCUAAUCCUACACCCGACAGACCAGACUCUCUCUGAAUUAGAGGCUCAUAGUGAUGCCAGAGCCAUAGAGCUAUUGCUGGGAAGCUCCCGAAUAUCCUUGGGUCAGUACUGGGACGGGACAGGAUCACCCCCAGAAUCCUUUGCCGGUAGUGAUCUCUGUGAGAGUGAACUGAAUGAUCCUCAGUAUGACCAGAGUCUGUUGGAGAACUUGUUCUAUUCGGCUCAGAAAUCGCACGAUGAUUUUGGCAGUGAUAAAGAACAGUCCAGAGCGGAGAAAAAUGAAUAUAAAAACAGACCGGGGAAAGAUGAAGAGCAAAACUUUAAGCAAUCCCUCUCUAGAUCAGAGGAAGAAUCUUCAUUAAAAGUCUCUGGACAUAAAUCCACAGAGAGAUCGGUUAGUGAGAAAACCCGGAUGGAAGCCAUGGAUCUCAGUGUUGACCGUCUCACACUGCUGGGGCGGAUGCAUGCGGCUCGGGUCCUUGUGGAAUCCUUAAAGGUCAAACCAGAAACCACAUCUGUCCCCCUGGGCAAAAGAGGCAGCAAAGGAAAACCGCCAAGGGCAGUAUCCUCCAUCAAACGAACAUACUUUGUGGAGUUCCAAUUUCCAGUGUCCUCCAAAAACAAAGCGGGAGAGGUGUCUGUGGCCUCUGAGAUCACCCGACUGGUGUCCAGCAAGACUGUCAAUGGAGUCGUGAAGUUUCAGCAGCGAUUUGUGUUCCCCGUCUUGUUCAGCGGUCAUAUGAUCAAACAUUGGUGGAGCACCGACCUAACCUUCAAAGUCUUUCUGAGGAAAGGAACCCAGCAAAAGCCUUCUGUACUUGGUUCUGCUGCGUUCUGUCUUCGUGAUGUUCUCCGAUCUGAGCACCUUUCUGUGUCGCGCUCACUCCCAGUUCAUAGCGCAGAGGGAGGACAGGAGAUGCAAGAUAUAGGACCUCUUAAGGUCUCUGUGGACAUUGCCGGAGACAGCCGAGAAUUUUCCAUUGUCCCUGAGAAGCUGUCAGAGGUGACAAAGGAGGCCUCAAACUCUUCCCUCAGACACAGUGUCAGAAUUGCAGCACCAGAGCACCAAUCGGACAAGGAGUCUUCUCCGGAGCCAGAGUCCCUCUCCUCCAUAAAUCCGCCUAUUACACCGGCUUUCCACCACACUAUAAGAGAGAAACCUCAGCCUGCAUUGUCCCAGGAGGCCCCUGAGGAGAAUGGGUUAUUGCUGCAUGUGGUUCUCAUGGUGCCAGAAGGGACAGGACUAAUCCCGGGUACAGACUCGAACGCGUGUAACUCCUACCUCAAGUGUAAACUCUUCUCCAGUCAGGAGGCCACACGCUCCAGUGUUGUGUGGGGCAGCAGUCAGCCCGUGUACAACUUCUCUCAGGUGGCUCCUGUAAAUCUGACAAGCCGACUGCUGGAAAGAAUGAAGAACAAUGUCAUGAUCAUUGAAGUGUGGAUCAAAGUGCCCAGCCCGGGGUCUGACCAACUCAUGGGCCUCGUCAAGCUGCCUCUGCACCAGUUCUAUAUGUCCUUUAGCGACCAGAAAAUUUGCCGUCUCUUGCUCCAGGCGCAGUAUCCAGUGGUUGCCGUAGACAGCUUUGUGCCGGUUAAUGACGUCUACAGCGGAACUGAGCGGGGAAAGCUCCGGGUGUUACUCGCCAUGGGGUCUGGUGACCAAGUUGUGGCUCUUCAGAGGUUGAAGAGUGAUGAGGGAAUUUCGUUAGCACCGCUACCCAGACCAGCACAUUUCCUUGACCCUCCUCAGCCAACUGCAGAGAUGUCUAGAGCUGCAGAGAGUACGAUUGAUCAUGUGUUUGACAUCCACGUAGAGAACGUGAAAGGCCUGACUCCUCUGCAGUCCACCGUGUGGGGAGAAGCGGACUGCUAUGUGCAGUAUUACUUCCCUGUGCAAACCCCGGUCACCGGACUAGAAGCUGGACUGCCAGAGAGAAGUAUCCGCCUGAAGCCUGUGCGGACAGCCACCACCCUGUGUGUACCGGAUCCUGUCUUCAAUGACCGGCAGAGCCACACUCUGGUGGCAUCUUCAGACAGCCCAGUGCAGAGGCUGCUGCUCAGUGCAUACUCCACGCAGGGUCUUUCCGGCGGAGGAGGGGUGACGUUCGAAAUGUGGUGUCGGUACUAUUACCCCAAUGUCAGAGACCAGAUGGUGGCUAAAGGCGUGCUUCCGUUGUCCCGUCUGUGUGCUAUGGUGACAAUGCAUCAUCGGGAGGAAGUGGGGAUCCAGGCUUUCUGUCUGCCGCUUACGCUGAGAAGUGAAAACCCAGCCGACACUCGUACUCCCUCCUCUGGUUUACUCAAUGUAAAUGUGACCUACAGAAGAUCGGUCAGAAGCCCGGUGGGUGUAUUGGCUACACGCAUGGUCUCCAUAUCUGUUCAGAUCCAUCGAGCCACAGGGCUCCAGGCUGCUGCCAGGGCUCUCGCAGAAGAAGACCCGUCAUUUCAGUACAGCGCAGAGGUCGGGGUGAACGCCUUUGUCAUAAUUCGCCCAUCAUUCUUACCAGAGGUGGAAAGUCGCAACACGCGUACUGUGGCUCGCAGCUUUUGCCCUGAGUUCGACCAUCAUUCGGAGUUCCCCUGUAAUAUUUUGACUCAGAGGAGCAGUGGAGAGGCAUGUAGCCUGGCGGAGAUCCUUCACUCCUCCGAGAUUGUACUGUCCAUUUACCACCAGAGCGUCACAUCUGCUGGUGUUGGUAAAAUUCAUUCAGCCCAUGAUUACCAUCUGGGUGUGGUGAGAAUUCCUACUACAGAUCUGCUCAGCAAAAGAUCAGGAAUAUCUGGGUGGUACCCAGUAAUGUUACCCGCGGAUUCCACUUUUUCUGGCACUGCGGGUGUCCUGAGCAAUGUGGUUGGAGGUCUGGAGCUUUCAGUCAACUUUGCUCACCAUUCAGACAGAGAUCGAGUCCUGGAGGUGGCUCGAGGCUUAGGAUGGAAUGAUGUAGAGGAGGAAGUUGUUGGAGGUGUCAAAGAUGGCUGGGAAAAAGAAGACUUGGUCAAUCUUUCCGUCACUGUCCCCAAAAUCUGGCUUCCGGUUCACUCUCUCUUACUGGCCGGACACAAACAUAUCCACAAGAAAACGUACUGCUACCUGCGAUACAAACUGUACGAUAGAGACGCAGUCUGCUCCCAGUUGAGGAAACCAGCCUUCUCAGAAGAUGGCCAACAGGCCACCGUAGUGUUUGAGCAGACUAGGAAGAUAGAACUGAUGAAGCAUCAGCCAUUGGUGUGGUACCUGCGAGAGGAGAAGUUGGAGAUCCAGAUCUGGCGUUCUUAUGGGAAAGACACUACCGGGCCAAGACCUCAAGAUACAGACCGCCUCCUUGGUUGUGCUUAUGUGGACAUGACGGCUCUGGCAGAGACCACAUCCCGGACCCUCUCUGUUAGCGGUGUUUAUCCCCUGUUUAAGCGCAAUAUGCCCAACCUGCAGGGGGCAGCGGUGAGGGUUCACCUGUCCCUGAGCUCAGCCUAUCACCUGUCAGUCACUGCCCAUUGCACAAGCUCUGCAGAGGAUCAGAGCCUCUCCGAGGAGGAAGCGGCACAGGACACCUCUGCGUACGAUGACCGGAGACAAGAGGAUCGCAUCGAAUGUAAGAAGUCCUCUCCGAGGGGUGAGGGUCCGUCCGCAGUCCCUGACAGUCAGCCAGUCUGUGUGGAUGUGGAAAACACAUUUGCUGUGAACAUCGUUGUUGAACGUGCAAUGCAUCUUAGCUUGAAAGGAAGUCCCCUGACGGAGCGGCAAGUAUCCACACCCAGCUGCUGUGUGUCGUUUCCUGUCGCUGGUAGUGCAACACCUUUAACUACCCCGGUCAUAGAGAACCUGGAUUCUCCGACAUGGAAUUUCCAGCACCAGGCAAGACUGACUAAAGAACUUCUUCUGGACCCCCAGCAGACACUAGUGUUCAAGGUGUGGCAUAAAUCAGGUGACGUAGAGCGAGUGAUGGGCUUUGCUGCUGUAGAUCUCUCUCCACUCCUGUCUGGGUUCCAGUCUGUGUGUGGCUGGUAUAAUAUUGGAGACUUCACCGGGCAGUGCCAGGGGCAGAUAAAAGUGUCCAUCACACCUUUGGAGAAUAUCGCCUAUCUGAGAGAGGAGAGACGGACGAGAAGCGUCGCCGCAAAUGCACAAUCUCAGAUGACGGCGCACACAUCCUUCCUGUAUCAGCCGAACCCCAUAUUUACCUUCCCCCGCCACCAAACUGAAAAGGCAGACGGCCUCAUCAACCCUACAGAAAGGAGAGAAGAGCCAUUCCUACCAAAUGGUAAUACAGAACAUACGGAGACCAUGAGACGUUUCCAGGAAUCAUUACACCAGGCAGAACGGUACACACGGAGCGCAGAGCGCCUGGAUGUCCUUUCACAGUCCUCCCGAUCAUCGCUACUCUCUGCACUCAGGAAAAACCUUAAUGAGCUGGAUGAUAUCCAGAAAUAUUUUAACCAGAAGCUGUAUAGGAGCCUCUCGAGCACAGCGCCACCUGGAGGAGCCACAGAACAUGGCGCAGAAAGGAAGCCUCCCAUCGCCACCAUCUCCGAGGAGGACACAGAUGCUCAGUUAUUGCUGAAGAAAUCCAGUCUGUUGGUUUCACAAGUCAGCAACCUCAUCACUGGUCUCCAGGAAAAGGCUAUCCUCAGAGAAGUUGCUCCCAGCACAGUAGAUGAUGGCAGCAGUCAUCGGCCUCCAAGUGUGGUCGGGUCAGAGGUCAUUGACAUACGUCCGUCGGAGAAUGUGUGGCCGGUCAUCGACAAGGAAUUAUCGGACGACGAGGAUGAACCUCGCCGCGUGGAUACACCUUCAUUCUCUGAAGCUGGAUCUCCAACACGUAAGAAGAACAACAUGGAAGACUUGUUGAGCUACGCCGAGAGACAGGGCAGCUUUGUUGUGGAUUAUGAGGAGGAAGAACCAGAAGAUGACUUUCAGCAGGACAGUGACGAGGAGUACGAGGAAAAUGUCAUCGAGCCAAGGACUCUGAAUGAAAUCACCACUCUGACGGACCGGACAAGCCCAUGGUCUAGUAUGGUGUCGGAAUCGGGACAUGAUCUGCAGACGGAGCGGGUGGCUAUGGAAGAUGUUCCAACCAAUAGAAAUCUCCUAGACAAGCUCAGUCUGAUCUCUCCGGUUCUCCAGGAUGACCAUGACGGUAAUCAAAAUACCGCCAGAUCAUGUGACUCUCACGUGUCAGAUGAAUACCCAGAAAUGGCUGAAGGCAAUGGUGCAGACACACAAAACCCAGAGGCAUUUGGAGCGUCGGAAAGCAACAGUUCACUGGGUCAGGAUUCACCAGAUCUCUCAGACAAUGAGGAGGAGGAGGACAGACUAAGGGGUGAGGAACUGACUCUUGGAGUAACACAACUGCCCGCUGAGACGUCGUUAAGUGGCAGUGAUGAGUCUCGGGGCCUUGCUAUGGAAGGAGAAGACACUGAGAGAGAGGUGAGAGAUGACUACAGGUCCGGGUAUCAGUCGUCAUCUUCACAUCCUGAGCCUUCUCAGAGGGACGCCAGUUCUUCAGUGCAGAGCGUGGAGGAGCUUCCGGACAUGGCAGAAGCCAGCGCCAUCCAACACUUUAAUCUCCUAUCGGAUCCCAUUCAGCUCCCAAAUUUCUUUCUACCUCCUCAGCACUUAGAAGCAUCUAUGCGGUCACUGAGCCAGUCUGCUCUCCCAUCCUCCUCCGCUCAGCAGAGUGAUGGUGAGACUCAAAUCUCGAAAGGAAUCCCUUAUCGUCGGCGACCGCGCCAAACGCCCAAAAUGAAUCCAGAGGGAUUGCCAGAGAAAGAGUCCAAGCGGAUCGCAAGGAUAUUUGCUUCGCAAUUCUCCAACAAGUAGAGCGUCUGUCUGUUCUCUGCCGUGACACCCAACGCUGGAUCAUAAACCUGUCAUAAGAGGAAAGUUGGGAUCCCGGAGUGCCUUCUGAGGAUGCUAGAAACCUGGCUGUUAUCCUGAACCAAUCAGAACAAGUAUACAGUUUGGGAAAGAUAAAGAAGGUUAUAAGUCCUUGUCAAUGACAAAGUAUUGAAUUAAGAGCGUCAGCCAAGCAACUAGAAAUUUCAGAAGUAGAGUAGGCAGGCUGGGUUGCAGUUGGAAGUACCGGGAUAUAAAAAUAAUGCAGCAAGAGGAGCAAGACUGUUGCUCAGCCUCAAAGUGGUCAUACUGGAAAGCAGAAACCAUCAUUUCCAUGGAGGAAAUCUGCCGCAGUCCCUGUCUGAUAUCUGAAAGCAGUGUGGUGCCCCGGGGCGAAUCACAUUGCCUACAUCAGGAGAAGGCAACCUCGGCCCUCCAGCUGUUUUGAAACUACAAGUCCCAUGAGACAUUGCAAGACCCUGACAAUCACAGG